ACGCCGCGGACGCAUCCGUGCCAACCACCGAAGCACAUGGAUGCGACGAACGGGCAGAAGCCCCACGUGGGGCAACCUUCGACCGGCGGAGGAUCUGUCUCCGACAAGGGUAAGGAAUGGCAAAUGGAGUUGCUGAUGGAAAAAUUACGCUCCAAGGCUUCCACGCUGAAACCUCUGGUGGAGACCGCCAAAAACGUGCGCAUGGCCAUGCUGGACAAGCGAUUCGCGAUCGACAGCAUAGAGAAGACUCAGUUGCAGAAGUGUUUGGACACUCUGCAGCAUUCUAUCAAGGUUACGUCCUUCCAGUCCAUGGUAGAGCGUCUGGAGAGCUUGGCAAGACAGUUAGGAUUAAAGUUCAUGAUGUCAGGCACGGAAAUAUUCAUAUCCUCCGACAUGUUCUUCUUGGAGGUUCUGCUAGAACCGUCGGGGCUCGUUAGGGACGUUAAAAUCCAUCAUGAGGGAAAAAGCGAGCAACAGAGUUGCGAGGCACUGGCAUCGGCUCUGUCGCGCGGUGACUUCGUCGACUUCACCACGCAGUUGGAAGGACUGGCGUCGAUAUACCAGCUGAAUGCUGAUAAGAAAGUGAAGUGCAAGGCGUUCAGUGCCCUGCAAUCCCUCGAGGCUGACCUGGGUGUUCUGGCGCAGCUGCAAACGUUCAUGAAAGAGCCAUUCAAUCUGGUUCACAAGAGUCCUGUCGGAAUUCUGGAAAGAAGGAGAGGCGGCCACCCGAUGAAAUUGACAUAUUUCGUCUCGCCGUAUGAUUUAAUCGACGAAGAGAAUCGAACCUAUGACACUCUGAAUCCUGAUAUUAUCAUUAAAAGGAAGAUCGGACAUUCGGUGACCGUUUGUAUGGAAGGUUCGACAGGUCACAAACUGCCUACCUCUAGUAUCAUAACCGUGAACCGAAGUUCCACGGGCAAAAGCACGCCUUCGUACGCUCCGCUGACCAGUACAAAUUCCUCCAUGUUGCCCGCCUGUUUCGUGCUGAAGCUCGGCAAGAAGAUGCCCAUCUGCAUGGAGCUGGUGAAGAGGAUACAGAAGGUCACGGAGCUCGAGUGCGGCGACAUCUCCGCGCCGCAUCCGUUGCUCAGUCUGAUAAUACAGCACGCGAGUGACGGUCAGCUGGAUUGUCGAAACAACAAAGGCUUGUACGUGACCCUGCCGGAUCAGCAGCACUGUUACUUCAUGACGGAAAACAAGAACAUGGAGGGCGUGCUGGUGUCCAGUAUCCCGUUCACGCAUCCCGCGCAUGUGCCGCAGAUCUUGGUUUACCUGCGGCAGCAGGCGUUGUUCAAUUGUCUGAUCGCGAGCUGCGUGCGCCCGGUGGCGCGCCAGGAUCCGGAACACACUACCAUACUCGAAGUAAGCGCCCUAUCGUGGCAGCACAUUAGCGUGAGCGUGGAGCAUCCGUACGAGGAGACGAUGGCCACCGCGGAGCUGGAUCUGACGGACAUAUCCACGCUCAAGUGCCGGUUGUACGGCGUGAGUAUGACAACGAACGUGGAGCAGAUAUCGGAUCUCAGCGGUAGGGUGCUGCAACGUUGUCUCAGCAUCCCGUGCACCAUGCGAGUGCUGCUGAAGAUCUGGGAGGGUCGCUCCUUACCCGCGGUGAUGAACAAUCUGACCAGCGGCGGCGGCAGCAGCAACGGCAGCUACAAUCUCAAUCUGGGCUCCGGCGGUAAGGAUCAGACCGGGCAGAACGCGUCCGGCACCGCGUCCGGCAUGCCGGACUUCACGAACGGCGAGACGAAGAUAAAGCAGGAGCCCGGUUUGAACAACGGCAGCAACGGGUGUAUGGGAGGCAGACAGACGCAGCAGCAGCAGCAGCAGCAAUCGUUGUCGAGUCAAUUGCAGCAGCAGCAGCAGCAACAACAGCAACAGCAGUCUUUUUUAGAUGCCGGAACGGAAAAUAGUAUCGGUUUUCCGUCGUAUUCCGGCCAAUCCGAUACGACGAUAACGAUGAGUACCGCCGGGACGAACAACGCAUCUGCCUCUAUGUUGAACCCGUUGCAACUUGGUGCGCUGCUGGGACAGGCGAAGAACUCCCUGGGCGGUAACUCGAGCACUAAUGAGCGCGGCAAGAAGACGCGGAAAAGAAAGGCUGGCACGGACGGUCUUUGGCGUAGCCCGAAGCGGAAGAACGACGGCGGAGACAGCGGCGGCACCACGACGGAGAUCCUGCUGGAGAGCUCGAGCUCGGAGAAUUCGACACCGCUGGGAACGCCCACGGGCGGCCGAGAGAAUCUCGCGUCGGAGACCAGAACGUCUACACCGACCUCGGCGACCAGUUUGACAAGCGGCAUAGAUUUUUCGAAUUUGGACACUACCGAUGUACUCGAUAAGAGUGCCUCAGAUUACGAUCUCGAUUCCGAGAGAGACAGCGAGAUCAUGGAAGUGCAACAUAGUGGCGCGGAGCAGCAGCAGCAGCAGCAACAACAACAGCAACAGCCGCAGCAAGACGUGGAGGAGUUGAUAAAGAUCCGCGAGUCUUCGUCGAGCCGCAAGUCGAAGAAGAGUCGAAGCGGCGGUGGUGGUGGUGGUGGUAGCGAGGAGAAGAAAUCAAGCCCAACAAAUAUAUUUGUUGACGAGGCGUCGACUGCGAGUAGUGGCAACAAAAGUCUGCCGGUACCACCGUCAGUAAGUAUCACUCCGAUUUCGUGCGGUAAUCUGGAUCAGACGAGCACCACCAACUAUAACUCCGUACUGACGGGCAUGGGUUUGGAAAGGAGACCUGGCAUCGAGAUCAUACCCAUCGCCUCGUCGCCGUCGCAGACUAACCUACCGAGCUCGAUCACCAUCACGCCGAUCGCCGGUCCGGCGCCAUCAUCGAAGACCAGCAAUCUGACGAGCGGGACAGAGGAUCGGCAGCGAAGCGAACGGAAGAGCGGCGGUGGGAAGAGCAGCAGUAGCAGCAGUAGCAGCAGCAGCAGCAGCAGCAGCAGUAGCAGCAGCAGCAGCAGCGGUAAGAGCAGCUCCGAGGACAAGAGUAGUGGAAAUAAGCUAGAGAAACGGCGUAAGCGUAAACGGGAAGACGGUCCGAUGGGCCCACCGGAGAAGGUCCCGUCGAGCGGCAAACAGCAAGAUCCACUCUCGAAGCCGGUGUCGGUGAGCAUCAAGCCGAGCACCGAGCAAUCACCGCCGAGCGGUAGUAGUGCAGCCGGCGUCGGUCUGAGCUGCUCGUCCUCGCGGCCUACCUCGCCCGCGGCCGUGAGGAAGUUCAGUCCGUCGCCCACGCAUUCGAGCUCGCUCGCCACGCUCGUAGGUAAGUCCAGUCCUACCUUGAAGGCCGGCCAACCGGCAGUAGCGACCUGCGGCAAGCCAGUGCAAAGUCCGAAGCAUUCGCCCGUCUACGGUAGCAGCCCGAAGCACAACGCGCCGAACGUUCCGGUGGUUCCUAUGUCGGUCCCGAUGUCGCUGUCCGUGUCAACGGUGCCCAAUACCGUAGGUAACGUGCCGUCUGUAGCAGUGUCGGUACCGGUCCCGGUACCCGCUGGUGCGAGCCCGAAACAUGGCAACACCUCGUCUCCAAAACACGGCAGUUCGGCUGCGAGCAGCGGCAAACCCAGCAUGUCCGCUCUGAAAUCGGCGGCAAACUCGCCGUCCAGUAAGAGUAGCGGCAGUAGCUCUUCCGACACGACGGGAACCCCAUCGAAGGUCAAGUCCUCUUCGUCGUCGUCCAGUAAGGACUCUUCCAGUCGUGGAGAUAAGGAGAGACGAACGUCAUCCGUCGGCUCGUCUGGCGGUUCGAGUGGCGGCCAUCAGAGUCCGAAAACUAAGUCCUCCAGCGGUAAGCUGAAGCAGUUGGAGAUGAUCCCCCCAGGCGGUGGCGAAGCCACUCAAGUCUCUUCUCUGCAAGCCUCUGGCGGAAGCACUCCGCCGUCUGGCCAGGUCGAUGCGGCGAGCAAAUCUGCGAUCGCUGCCCAGCAGGCACGGAAUCGCAAGAGUUCACUCAACGCCGUGAUCGACAAACUGAAGAACGCGCAGCACUGCACCGAGGCCGAUGCCUGCGGAAACGGUGGCAGUACCGUGAAAGGUGGCGGAUCCUCCGGCAUCGGCGGUAGCAGUACUGGCGGAAUGAGCAGUGCUGGACAGAAGGAGAAGGGUCUCGGCGGCGGUGGCUCGUCGUCGUCGAGCGGAGGGAAGACCAUCGUCGAGGGAGGAAAGUCCUCUUGCGUCACCAAAAAUGCGUCCAUGGAUGCGAAGAACCCCGCCGAAUACAUGGUGAAGCACAGCUCGGACGGGAUCAAGAUCACCAUCAACAAGACUCGCACCAAGGAUUCUAAGCAGUCAGCCGCCAAUCUGAAGCUGUCGUCAGGAGCGAUGGCGGCCGCGGCUUCCUCGAGCUCUUUGUCGUCCGUGGCCUCGUCAUCAUCGUCCAGCAAUGUGAUCGCCGGCAGCAACGGCUCGCCGAAGACGCACACGGGUCUCAAACCUGGCGUGAACUCCGGACCGGCGUCGAAGAAACCGCAGACGUUACAGACCGCGCAGAAAUUGCUACCCGCGAAGAUGAUGCUGGCGGCGGCCGGCAUAAAGUCCGCCAUCUCUUCCUCGGGCGCGACGAAUACCGGCGGUGGUGCGAGUAUCACGGCGACUGCAACGGGGGGCGUCGGAAAUCCACUGUCAAAGAGCGGCUCGUCCUCCAAGGCUUCCAGUUCACCGAAGAUGAGCUUUGGGGCGACCGAUCUGAGUCGCGGCCGAGACAAGCCUAGGAUCCCGAAGUCCGGCGACAAGGGGAUAUUUGCAUCGAAGAGCCUCGGCGACGUCAGAAAGUCGAGCCCGUCCGCUCUCCGGGAGGAGAGCGAGAGCGAGCGCGCGUUUAAGUUGUUGAGCCACUCGUCUACCUCCAGUCUGACGCCUCAAUGCCUGGAGGGCUUGAUGAAGCAAUUGGAUACUAAGUUUCAGAUACCGAAGCUGUCGGCCCGCGCGAACGUCGUGGACGCCGCCGACAAGAACAAGUCGUCGGACAAACUGUCGAUACUCCCCGAUUCCGCCAAGCAGACCAUCGACGGUCUGAAGCAGGAACAGGGCAAGAUCGCCGGUCUGUCCAACGUCACCGUAUCGAUGUCCAAGUCCUCGCUGUCGGACGACCAAUCGAGACGAGACCAUUCGCAGAAUAAACCGGACAAUCUGUCGAUCAUCACGUCCGCCUCCGGCGCGAUGUCCUUGAAUCUCGUUGGGGAGAACGCCAGUUUGAUGCUACCUCCGCAGUCGACCGCCGAUCCCGACGUACCUACGAAUUUGUGUAUGCAACCGAUGGUGGACAGCGAGCCGUCCCGCGACUCCUGCAAGGAUCUAGGAAUGAGGCAAACGUCCACCGGUCAGCAGUUCCUCGGCAAGCUCGACGACACAAGCGGGAUCCUUUCCAAAGGUAACGUCUCCGAUCAAUUGGCGUCGUCAGGCGCGAAAUCCUACGCAACCAUGACGGGCUCCGGCGCUUCGACCGUGCCGAGCGGCGCCAUCGUUGCCGAGAGCUUGAAUCUGAGCACCAAGCCUGCCGACCAGGCUGCACUGCAAACCAAAUAUAAUAAGAUCACCAUUGAGGAGAAGAAGCAGCAGCAGCAGCAGUCAUCGGCGGCACUAUCGUCAUCUUCCUCCGCAUCGUCAACAUCGUCCUCGUCAUCAUCGUCGAUCUUUUCGUCACUUGCCAACGUCGCGAUUACGUCGGACGGUAAUUCCAACGUCGCCAUGACGUCCGACAGCGUCGGCGGCGUCGGCGGCGGCGGCGGCGGCGGUGGUGGCGGCAGUGGCAGUGGUGGUGGUGGUGGUGAACAGGAGGUGACGGCAGUGGCAGCCGCAGCGGCGGCGGAGAUGCUGCUGGACUUCUCCGCGGCGAACAAGGACCCGAUGACGAAGAGUCACGGCUUGUCGACGAUGCAGCAUCACUUGACGACGAUUCCGGAGCGGGCGAUGAUCCAGGCGGCGCCGACGGUGCGCCGCAACACGCCGCCGCCGCCGCCGCCCCCGCCGCCGCUUCCGGCCCCGUUCCCGCCCGCCGCCAGUCCGUCCGUCAGUGUGCACAUCGUCAAGAGCCCAGCGCCGAGUCCCCGGGUGAUCCCGCCUUCCCCCCACUCGUCCGCGUCGCCCUGCAUCACCGAUGACGAACUCAUGGACGAGGCGCUGGUCGGUAUGGGUAAAUGAAGAUUACUUAAACUGUAAGACAAAGAGAGAAUACUCGCUUCCUUCAUUCUUCGAUCGUCGUUCUCAGACCGGGGAAGAAGUUUCCCACCGGAAACGGAAAUAUUCGAAUGAAAUUCUUGAACUUUUCCCUCAAUAAUUGUACAAAUUGUAUCCAUCUCCUUCGAAUUUAGACGUCAUUCGAGUAUUCUCUCUCUCUCUCUCUCGUUCUCUCUUUCUCUCUACUCUGGUGGACCACUCUAUAUAUACGUUAUUGACUAGACCUUCGAUUGUAGUCUCCGUAUUGACCUGCUAAAGCACAUCAAUGAUCGUAUUUCGGAUAAAUGCAUUAUGUUCGUUAUGACCGGCUCAGAAAGACUCAAAACGUAUUUCGUAUUCCUGAGACGGUCAAGUCGACGUAAUUGAAGUCUGAGUGCGAAGAGAAUGUUAGAAUGUAUUUGGUUUGAGUUCAACUUUGAGAGAUGAAUGAAAGCGUGUAAAUAUAUGUUCGUAUUACGGAAAAGAGAAAAGCUGCGAAACUGGCGAGCGACUAGAGAUCAGUUUCUAUCGAAUAAGAGCGUUUUUAUCAUAGAAUUUUAACUGCGAUGGAAAUAUUGAUCCACAGUAAACUAGCAGGACGAACGAAUGAACGUGAAUGAAUGUAGUAAGCAGGGAAAAGAUGGAACGUGUUCGUCGUAAUUAAUUCUCGAUUUAUUCGAGCUUUCAAUACUGUUCGCAUACAUUCGAAAGCAAAUUCGUUCGCGUUCAUUCGUACUCUUGUUUGAAUCGCGCAUCCUCACGGUCUUUUCGUACGUGAGUUGAUUCACGCUGCAGAUUACAGUGAUUCGUCGUGCUUUUGCCCUCUGAUAUUCUUAAAUGGAAUUUGAAUAAUUGUGUUCACAUUAUCGAUCAUGCUCAGUAUGAUUUAGUUUCAACGAUUCUUAAAAGAAAGUAUUGGAACAAAAUCGAGCUUUUCCUCAUCGAUGUGAACACUGCCAGAAACAGACAGUUGGUAUUUAUAUCUACUUUAGGUCUUUCAAGUUUAUUAUAAGCAUUGCAUUUUUUUUUAAAUUUUAAAUUAAAUAGUUAUAUAAAAUAAAUAACUUCUCAAGAAUUGCGAUAUCUGUUAGAAUUAAUGAAUAAUAAUAUCAGGCAAAGUAUUAGGCAAUGUAUUUGUGUAUAUUUCUUAAGGUCAUUAUUUAUUAAUUACGAAACAUACACGGAAAGAACGAUUUUGUUGAAAGGUCUAACAAUUUCGCUAAAU